GGUGACCUCUCCCUCUUGGCUGAUUUCUUCAUGUUAGUUCAACAUUAACCCAGAGGGGUCAGGACAAGCCCUCAGAGUUCCAGGAGCUGACACACUAUGGCGCACAUCCGAGGCCUGUGGUUACCUGGCUGCCUGGCCCUAGCUGCCCUGUGUAGCCUUGUGCACAGCCAGCAUGUGUUCCUGGCCCCUCAGCAAGCACUAUCGCUGCUCCAGCGGGUCCGACGUGCCAACAGUGGCUUCCUGGAGGAAGUGCGCAAGGGCAACCUGGAGCGAGAGUGUGUGGAGGAGCUGUGCAGCUACGAGGAGGCCUUUGAGGCCCUGGAGUCUUCCUUUGCCACGGAUGUAUUCUGGGCCAAGUACACAGCUUGUGAGUCAGUGAGGAAACCUCGAGACAAGCUCAUGGAAUGUCUGGAAGGUAACUGUGCUGAAGGUCUGGGUAUGAAUUACCGAGGGAAUGUGAACUUCACCCGGUCAGGCAUCGAGUGCCAGCUAUGGAGGAGUCGUUACCCACAUAAGCCUGAAAUCAACAAUACCACCCACCCUGGGGCCGACCUGAAGGAGAAUUUCUGCCGCAACCCAGAUGGCAGCACCACUGGGCCCUGGUGCUAUACUACAGACCCCACCGUGCGGAGGGAAGAGUGCAGCAUCCCCAUCUGUGGCCAGGGGGGCGUCACUGUACAGCCGACCCCACGCUCCAGAAACUCCACGGUGAAUCUGCCACCUCCAUCGGACUCCUGCAUCCCUGAGCGUGGCCGGUACUACCACGGUCGCCUGGCGGUGACCACACAUGGGUCCCCCUGCCUGGCCUGGGACAGCAGUCAGGCCAAGGCCCUGAGCAAGAACCAGGACUUCAACCCUUUGGUGCCGCUGGAGGAGAACUUCUGCCGCAACCCGGACGGGGACGAGGAGGGCGUGUGGUGUUAUGUGUCCGCGGGGCCUGGUGACUUCGAGUACUGCAACCUGGACUACUGCGAGGAGCCGUUGGAGGAUGUGAGCGACGGGCUGGCCGAGGACCCGGACGCGCCCAUCGAGGGACGCACCACGGCCGAGGAGUUCCAGACCUUCUUUAACGAGAAGACCUUCGGCGCCGGGGAGGCAGACUGUGGGCUGCGGCCUCUGUUCGAGAAGAAGUCGUUGAAGGACAAAACAGAAGAGGAGCUUCUGGAUUCCUACAUCGACGGGCGCAUCGUGAAGGGUUGGGACGCGGAGAUUGGCAUUGCACCCUGGCAGGUGAUGCUUUUCCGGAAGAGUCCCCAGGAACUCCUGUGUGGGGCUAGCCUCAUUAGUGACCGCUGGGUCCUCACCGCUGCCCACUGCCUCCUGUACCCGCCUUGGGACAAGAACUUCACCGAGAAUGACCUUCUGGUGCGCAUUGGCAAGCACUCCCGCACCAGGUACGAACGAAGCAUUGAAAAGAUCUCCAUGCUGGAAAAGAUCUACAUCCACCCCAGAUACAACUGGAGAGAAAACCUGGACCGCGACAUUGCCCUGCUGAAGCUCAAGAAGCCCAUCGCCUUCAGCAGCUACAUCCACCCCGUGUGCCUGCCUGACAAGGCCACAGUGGCCAGACUGAUCCAGACUGGAUACAAAGGGCGGGUGACAGGCUGGGGCAACCUGAAGGAGACGUGGACGGCCAGUGUUGGUGAGGUGCAGCCCAGCGUCCUGCAGGUGGUGAACUUGCCACUUGUGGAGCAGCCGGUCUGCAGGGCGUCCACCAGGAUCCGCAUCACGGACAACAUGUUCUGUGCUGGUUACAAGCCCAAUGAAGGGAAGCGAGGGGAUGCUUGUGAAGGCGACAGCGGGGGACCCUUUGUCAUGAAGAGCCCCUUUAACAACCGCUGGUACCAAAUGGGCAUCGUCUCAUGGGGCGAAGGCUGUGACAGGGAUGGAAAAUACGGCUUCUACACACACGUGUUCCGCCUGAAGAAGUGGAUACGGAAGGUCAUUGAUCAGUCUGGAAGUUAGGGGGCCGUUCGCCUUCUAGGCUCCUCGCUGCAAAAUCACAGAAACCAAGUCGGAGGAAUUAUUUUUGUGCUUUGUUCCUAAAAGUAUAGUUCUCAAUAAAAGUGCCUGUCAACAAGC